GCACGGGACCCCCACCAUGCUGGAGAUGAAGAGCUGGUCGUCUUUGCUGCAGAGCCUCAGCAUGAGCCAUGAGCCGAAGUCGCCGUCCCUAGGAAUGCUCUCCACGGCCACCCGCACCACCGCCACCGUCAGCCCGCUGACCCCGUCCCCCCUGAACGGCUCCAUCGUCCCCAAUGGCAGCCCCGCCGCCAGCAGCACUUUGUCCGUCCAGGCAGCACCUUCCUCCAGCUUCGCCGCCGCCCUCCGCAAGCUCGCCAAGCAAGCCGAGGAGCCCAGAGGGUCCUCACUGAGCAGCGAGUCGUCCCCAGUGUCCUCCCCGGCCACCAACCACAGCUCCCCUGCCAGCACCCCCAAACGCGGCCCCAUGGGCCCCAUCAUUGUCCAGUGCCCCACCCCUGCUCCCCUGCAGUGGGGCAUCCUGUCAGGAACGGCUCCAGCUCCUUCGCAGCGUGGCUUCAUCCACUUAGCUGCUGUUCUCCCAGCUCACUUCGAUUUCUGA